CUGCAUGCAUGGGAGAUGGAAUUCCUCUCUUCCUUCUACACCACUUUGGUUGCGACGACGACCUCAACAUCAAUAUCCUCGCUCCAUCUCUUCAAUCUACCUUUGUUGACUGCCACACUCGGCAUGUAGUGUAGGUAUGUAUCAGCAGCGACGCCGGCACCGCCUAGCCAGAGAGUCAGCCACCUGCAAAGAAGAAUCCAAAAUCAAAUGCACCUCCACCACCAUCAACAUCGCCAACAUCGAAACCAGCACCGCCAACGACCACAAACCCUCGGCGAAGAUCAGAGUCACCAUGUCUGUACCCUGUCGUACCUGUCACCCCUCAAGAGACGCGGAUCAAGUCACCAGGCCAUCGAGUCAGCAGGGCCCGGCGUCGUUUGGCUGUGCCGCCUUGCGUUAUUCAGACCAAGGACCAAACUACUUCCAGCCGCAGCGGUUGACGGGCUCUCUGGCCUUACGCAGUAUCCGUCUGGAGUGGUCCCAUGCACAUUGGACCCCGCCAACGCCAGCUUUCAAGCACUUUCAAGCAGCCAGGGAUGGCUUCAUGCUAUCGCCCCUGUACGGAUACAUCGUGUGUGAGACAAACAGCAUGGCACCGCCCCUCCACCUCCGAGCCAGGCGGACCGCGGACGAUACCAGAAGGAGCCAUGCAAGCCAUGCCAUCAAAGGGAUUCUCUCGUCCAUCGAUUCACCCUCGGUUUACAGUUACAUUGCUCCUUCAGCACAUGUUCAGCAGGUUUCUGUGGAUUUCACCACACACCCACGACACCGCCGAUAAUUGCCAACCCACCGCCAACACUGUCCAGAAGGAAUGGGGCUAGACGAGGUCUUUGGCGAUCAUUGUUCAGGGUUGGUUUCAACUCUUGUCGAGACUCAACACUCCCCUUAUUGCAAACGCGCCCGCCUACCAAGUGCACCCUCCUUCCCCUGGCCAUGGGUCCAGCUUGCAUUUUAUUGUGGCCUGCCUGUCUUACCUACACUACCAGUUAGUCUUCUGCUGUGAAAGACCUCUUUGCCGAAAGGCAAUGUAAGGUAUAGUUGACGAAGCCUUCUGGCCUAAGCAACCUAGUCAGCAUACUAGGGAGCGUCAACUCGCUAUGCCUGGCUCAAUACUCUAGGACCCUUGAGGCCUUGACACACUCGGCCCUCGACCCUUGGAGCACCUUGUAAUUUGGCAUCGCAGGAGCUUCCGGGACAAAUAGAUCAAAUCUGGGCUCACUUCGCACUAUGUAAGCAAAGAGUUCGCACC